AAAAUCGAAUUUCAGAUUUCAGAUUCAGAUUGUUCGACUCUAAACCCUACAAUUCUGUCAGGAGUUUUAGAACUAAUCCCUUUGUCUUACUAUCAAAAUUCGUGCUAAGAUGAUUUAAGAGCGGAUUUUUCAAAGGAAAAACAAAAAUGUCAGUAGCGGAGCUCAAAGAACGGCACAUGGCAGCGACGCAGACUGUAAAUUCUCUUCGGGAACGAUUGAAGGAGAAACGUCUUCUUCUUCUCGACACCGAUGUUGCGACGUAUGCAAGGUCGCAAGGUAAGACUCCGAUCAGCUUCGGCCCUACAGAUCUGGUGUGCUGUAGAAACUUGCAAGGUCACACAGGCAAGGUGUAUUCACUGGACUGGACUCCUGAAAAAAAUCGCAUUGUCAGUGCAUCUCAAGAUGGCAGGUUAAUUGUUUGGAAUGCUCUUACAAGCCAGAAAACUCAUGCGAUUAAGCUACCGUGUGCUUGGGUCAUGACCUGUGCCUUCUCUCCAACUGGGCAGUCUGUUGCUUGUGGAGGGCUUGAUAGUGUUUGCUCUAUUUUCAAUUUGAACCCCCCUCCAGAUAGUGAUGGAAAUUCAACAGUAUCAAGAACACUAAGUGGGCAUAAGGGUUAUGUAUCCUCAUGCCAGUAUGUUCCUAAUGAGGAUGCUCACUUAAUAACAAGUUCUGGUGAUAAAACAUGUGGAUAAAACAAGUGCUCAACUUAGACAAUAAACCAAAA